AUGGUAUUUCUCCGUGCUCUUUCUCAGCUCCAGCGCCCUGCUGGCAGCUCCCUCCUCUCCUCCGCGCGUGCUGGCCUCAGGCGCACGCCUGGGCCAUGCUCAUCUCCAUUCACUGGACUGCGUACGCUAACCGCGACUGCCAACCGACAGGGUAAAGUGUUGAUGGUCCUCUAUGACGGCGGUGAACACGCCAAGCAGCAGCCCGGCCUGCUCGGUACCACCGAGAACGAGCUCGGCCUGCGCAAGUGGCUCGAGGACCAGGGCCACACUGUCGUCACCACCUCCGACAAGGACGGUCCUGACUCCGUCUUCGAGCGGGAGCUGGUCGAUGCCGAAGUCAUCAUUACCACUCCCUUCCACCCCGGAUACCUGACUGCGGAGCGUCUGGCCAAGGCCAAGAAGCUCAAGCUCGCCGUCACCGCCGGUGUUGGCUCUGACCACGUUGACCUGAACGCUGCCAACAAGACCAACGGCGGUAUCACCGUCGCUGAGGUCACUGGCUGCAACGUGACCUCCGUCGCCGAGCAGGUCGUCCUGACCAUCCUGGCCCUCGUCCGCAACUUCGUCCCUGCCCACGAGCAGAUUGUCCGCGGCGAGUGGGACGUUGCCGCUGUCGCCAAGAACGAGUACGACCUCGAGGGCAAGGUCGUCGGUACCGUCGCCGUCGGCCGUAUCGGUGAGCGUGUGCUGCGCCGUCUGAAGCCCUUCGAGUGCAAGGAGCUCCUGUACUACGACUACCAGCCUCUGAGCCCCGAGGUUGAGAAGGAGAUUGGCUGCCGCCGUGUCGAGAACCUCGAGGAGAUGCUUGCUCAGUGUGACAUUGUCACCAUCAACUGCCCUCUCCACGAGAAGACCCGUGGUCUGUUCAACAAGGACCUGAUCUCCAAGAUGAAGAAGGGCGCUUGGCUCGUCAACACCGCCCGUGGUGCCAUCGUCGUCAAGGAGGAUGUCGCCGAGGCCGUCAAGAGCGGCCACCUGCGCGGCUACGGUGGUGACGUCUGGUUCCCUCAGCCUGCUCCCAAGGACCACCCGCUGCGCUACGUCCAGCACCCGUGGGGCGGUGGCAACGCCAUGGUGCCUCACAUGUCCGGUACCUCGAUCGACGCCCAGAUCCGCUACGCUCAGGGUACCAAGGCCAUCCUGGAGAGCUACUUCUCCGGCCGCGAGGACUACCGCCCUCAGGACCUCAUCGUCCACAAGGGCAAGUACGUCACCCGCUCUUACGGCCAGCGCGACAAGAUGUAA